AUGGGGGAUGCUUACGACCUGGACGAGCUCCUGGAUGCGGCGAGGGACGGGAAUCUCUCCAAGGCUGCGGAAAUUCUGGAGGCCAGCCAGACAAAUAUCAGGCUUUUGCUCCGACAUUCCGAUCUCGAGCGCUGGACGCCGUUGCAUUUCGCAGCAGGGAACGAUCAUGGAGAGGUGGUGGGUAUCCUGCUCGAAUACCGCGCAGACGCCCUGGCCAAGACAUACAAGGGCGACACGCCCUUGCAUUGUGGUUGCCGGCACGAUGCAGCGAAUUCCGUACAGCAGCUUCUUGCAAAGUCCUGGCAAGGCACCAUCGAACUCCUGCAAGCCACCAACCGGCACUGCGAGACUGCGCUCCACGUGGCGGUCGUGUCAGUCUCGGCACAGCUUUGGGCCAGCCUGGUAGAUGCGGCCAAGGGAUGCCGGCCUUGCUUGGAACAGCGCUCGGACGACGGUGGCACCGCUCUCCACUAUGCUGCUUUGGAAGGAAAUGCCAUUGCUUUUGAAAGCUUGCUGCAAGCAAGAGCCGAUCCCGACGCCAUAGACUGUCAGGGCCGAACACCGCUCGAUUUGGCAACACCAGAGAUCAAAGCCAUGACAGGCGAGAUGGCGGCCUUCUGCCGUGAGAAGAAUGACAGCUUCCGCAAGGAGGGCAACGUGGAGAAGUUGGUUGCGCUCGGCAACAGUCUGCUCGCACAAAAGAAGUACGAUGGUGCCAUCAAGACGUUUGAUCGGGCACUUGUGGAAGCACAAGGUGUAUCGAACCAGGAGGAGGAAGACGCCUCGAAAGAUCAGCAUGAAAGGCGACGAUACCAGAUGUGCCAAGAGCUGGAUGGUUUGCUGCAAGCCGGUGAGAGCAUGGGCGUCAGGGACAGCCUACGCGGCCUGUGUGCACAGAGACUUCCCGACCACCUGCAAAUUUACGAGGCUUUUUCCACUCCAGCGAGUCUGCAGAGUUCAGUGGUGGCAGCGUUGCUGGGGCUUUGCCUAGCACACCUGGAACGCAGAGAGCUGAAGCGCUGCAUGGCGGCAGCCGGUGCAGCGCUCCGGCUUUCCCCCGAGUCCUGGCAGGCCUUUUACGCUCGUGGGACGUGCUUCCUCCAGAGUGGAGACCUUCCACAGGCGGAACAAGACCUUGCAGAAGCAUGGCGACUCCGGGCGAGGAUGCCAAAGUCCGACCAAGAGGUGCUGUGGGCCCGCGUUGAGACACUCCGGCAGCUGCAGCGGGAGGAGGCGGCAGCAGCAAGGCGGAUGCUUGGAUCAGGCACGAGGACCCUGGACACGAUGGCGAUUGCAACGACGGUGGUGGCCAAAGUGCAGGACAUGAACGCACAGGACUUGUCGAGAACUGCCUGGGCCUUCGCAAAUGCUCGCAUCAAGCAUGAGAAGCUCAUGGAUGAAAUCUCUUGGGAGGCAUGUCAUGGCGUGGCCCACCUCAAACAACUGCAGAAUAUAUGUCACCUCAUGAUUCAAUCGGUUGGUUUGUAA